AUGAAGGACGCCCAGAAGUCAGACGACCAAGGCGUGUGGAAGCUGCUUUAUGAGCUGGUGAUGGUAUUUCCGGUGCCGCCUGCCAAGUUGCUUGGAGCGGCGGAUGAGGAAACCAGGCAAAAUCUGGAGCAGUGGAAGGAGGCACAUGAUAAGGAAGCCGAGGAAUGGCGCAAAGAGGCGAAGGAGCUGGAGGUAGAGUGGCAGAGGGGAGUGGACGCAGGCGGCCCACCAAUGUUUCAGAUUAUUGGGCUGCCGCUGCGUGACGAAGGGGAUGACAGCGAGGAAGGAGCUUAA